GAUAAAUGUCCCUCCCCGCUCGCAACGAAUAAAAUUUCGCCAUCCACCUCUCAUCCAAAACUCUGUGACCUCGCCAUCAUGGCGCGGAUAAUUCUUACUUCGGUUUGCCUCCUCUUGGCCUUGGCCCCGUUUUCAUUUGCCGCAGACGGAGAGGGAGAGGGCAAAGGAAAGGGAAAGGGAAGCGGCCGACCAGUCACCACGAUUCACAGAGAUGUCGCCAUCGUCGGUGGGGGCGCUGCUGGCUCCUAUUCCGCCGUGAGAUUGCGCGAGGAGUUUGGGGUGACGGUUGUUGUGGUUGAGAAGGACAGCAAGCUGGGGGGCCACGUCAAUACUUGGGUUGAUCCGGCUACGGGGAGGGGUUUCGAUGCGGGUGUCCAAAACUGGAUCGAGAUCAAUAAUGCCUCGUCCUUCUUUGAACGUUUCGGCGUGGCAGUGCAGCCCAAUGUUCGGUCGGUUUUGGACCAGCACUUUGUCGACUUCGCAACCGGCACUCGACUGACCAACUACACGCCCCCUCCUACGGCCGACCGCUCUGCUGCUCUGAGAAGGUAUCUCGCAGCAGCCGAACAAUUUCUUCCCAUUCUUGAGCCCGGAUGGUGGAACUUCCCCGAGCCCAGCCAGAUCCCAGUUGAUCUGCUUUUGCCCUUUCGCGACUUUGCGGCAAAACACAACCUGACGGCUGGCAUCCCCCAGAUCUUUGCCACUACUGGAUUUGGCAAGCACAACUUUCUGGAUUCCAUGACGCUUUUCUUGAUGCGCAGCUUCGACUUCAGCAUGGCACGGACGUUGCUGGGACUUGAGGCCAAUUUUGUGCCUGUUUCUCGUAGGAACCAGGACCUGUACGACGCCAUCUCGGACUUUCUCGGUCCGGAUGCGCUCACCAGCAGUACUGUCACCGAUGCGCAGAGAUUGAAUGGCAACGGAGGUGCUACCCUGGAGGUUUACAAUUGGGCAACCGGUACCACCACGCGGGUGGUCGCCAAGAAGCUUCUCUUUACUGUUGCUCCCACAGAGGAGAACCUGAAGCCAUUCGACCUCGACGGUGAUGAGAAGAGCGCCUUCGACGGGUUAUAUUAUAGCAGCAGCGUUGUGGGCAUUGUUUCUCACCCAUCUCUCCCGCUCAACGCCUCCGUCGUCAACACACCGGCUGCGGCGCAACCGGACAACUGGGUUGCUGCUGUUCCUUCGUAUCCUUUCACUGCACGGUUCGAGAACUACCCCAAUUCGACUUACUAUCGCGUCAUUGCGGUUGGCGAUCAAACAUUCACCAAAGAACAGGCAAGAGAUGUCAUUCAAGGUUCCUUCGACAGGAUGGUGGCGGCGGGAACUCUACAGCAGACAACACCACCCCAGGACCUAACCUUUCACCUUCUCGAGUCGCAUGGGCCGGUGAGCGCGUCAGCAUCGAAGCAGGUGGUUGACACUGGCAUUAUUCAAAAGCUCAACGGCCUGCAGGGGAGCCGAUCAACGUGGUACACGGGUGCCGCAUGGAGUGUGCAUCUGACAACCAGCUUGUGGAGGUUCACCGAUACGGUAUUGUCGAGGGUGGUGGCAAGUUUGUAAAGGGGAAGGGGGGUAAUGUUUACUCAAUCUACCUUAUCUACCAAUCUAAAUUAGAUGACAGCUGAUACACUCCGGGCCACAUGCUUAACUCUGAGCAGGCAGCCUUUUGUGCGAAAACACACGUAUUUUGACGCAUGCUUUGUGUGUGAGGAGAUAGUCCCUGGGCUGAUCUGACUUCACGGUCAACUUAGAACAAGACAAACGGCAUGUAUUCCACCUUAGAAAACGCUCGUAAGGAGUCGUUCCUACUUGCCCCCAGCCCCCACCAAAUCCCCGAAUCGAGUACCCGGCUGUGCAGCCAAAACAACCGGGUUCCCAACCUCGACAAUCUCACCCCUAUCCAUAACAACAACUCUAUCAAAGUCCAUAAUCAUCUCCAACCGAUGGCUAACCGCCAGGAUAGUGUACCCCUGAAACUCACUCCUGAUGAUCUCCUGCAUAACCCGCUCCGUUUCCCGGUCCACGCUAGAACUGACCUCAUCCAACAGCAAUAUCCCCCC